AUGUCCUUUUCAAGCCUCGUUCAAGAGCUAUCCGUUCGCGAUGGAAACAAUCCCCGUCGGCCACCGCCACGAACCGCCACUUCCGUCUCUACAGUCGAUGAUUGCGCCUCGCGCAUCUCACGGGCUAUGUCCUACACCAGUACAGCAGCUACAAGCGUGAGCAUCGCUGGCGAUAUCAGAAGUCAACUACAUGGAGGUUAUCAUCAUCCUCUUGCCCGCUCAUGGCAAGCCGAGCGUCAAUUGACAAAGUCCAUGCUCAUCUACCCUCUCUUCGUGUCCGACCUCGAAGACGACGAAACGCUCAUCCCAUCCCUUCCCGGACAAUACCGCCGUGGAGUCAAUAAGCUGGUCCCUUUCUUGCAGCCAUUAGUUCAUAAAGGACUUCGAUCCGUUAUUUUAUUCGGUGUACCUCUGAAGCCAGGUACCAAGGAUGCCCUGGGCACCGCUGCCGACGACCCUCAAGGCCCAGUCAUCCAGGCUAUCCGUCUGAUAAAACAAAGAUUCCCUCAGCUGUUCAUCGUCGUGGAUGUGUGCUUAUGUGAGUACACGUCGCAUGGCCACUGCGGAAUCUUGAGCUCGGACGGCACCUUGGAGAACCGACAAUCCGUCGACAGAAUCUCUGAUGUUGCUGUGGCCUACGCUCUAGCAGGCGCACACUGCGUUGCUCCCUCCGACAUGAACGAUGGCCGUAUUCGAGCUAUCAAGAUGAAGCUCAUCGACGAAAGUAUUGCCCACAAAACCUUGCUCAUGUCGUACGCGGCCAAGUUUUCUGGAUGUUUGUACGGCCCAUUCCGAGACGCAGCCGGCUCAGCACCUUCUUUCGGAGAUCGCAAAUGCUACCAACUCCCCCCUGGGGGUCGUGGCCUCGCUCGACGUGCCAUCGUGCGGGAUAUCAAUGAAGGCGCCGAUAUCAUCAUGGUCAAGCCUGCCAGUCAAUAUCUAGAUAUUAUCAGCGAUGCUAAAGAACUGGGCAAGGACCUUCCCGUCGCAGCUUACCACGUCAGUGGAGAGUAUGCCAUGGUUUGCGCUGCAGCAAAAGCUGGAGUGUUCGACUUGAAGACGAUGGCUUUCGAAGUGACCGAGGGCAUCCUCCGGGCAGGAGCGACUAUUGUGAUUAGCUAUUUCACUCCCGAGUUCCUUGACUGGUUGGACAACUAG